AUGCGUGGGGAAGAGGCGGGGGCGGUGGCGGAGGUGGAGGCGGAGACGGAGGGGGAGGCGGAGGCGGAGGCGGGGGCGGAGGGGGAGGCGGAGGCGGAGUGUGGGGUGGAGGAGGAGCGGCGGGCGGGGGAAGGGUGGACCGCCGCGGCGGUGGCGAAGUUUGGGCGAGUGGAGGUGGAGGGGGCGGGCGCGGUGAGGGCUCUCGCCAACCAGCGCACGUGCUUCUCCGUGACUGCCUCGUGCAAUCGAGCAUUCCUCUUCACUCUCCAUCGCCGCUCUCCACUCUCCAUCGCCGCUCUCCACUCUCCAUCGCCCCUCUCCACUCUCCAUCGCCCCUCUCCACUCUCCAUUGCCCCUCUCCACUCUCCAUCGCCGCUCUCCACUCUCCAUCGCCCCUCUCCACUCUCCAUCGCCCCUCUCCACUCUCCAUCGCCCCUCUCCACUCUCCAUCGCCCCUCUCCACUCUCCAUCGCCCCUCUCCACUCUCCAUCACCCUUCUGCGUUCUCCCGCAGGCAGCGGGCGUUCUUCGUGGCACUCCUCGCAUUUGA